CUUCAGCAAGAACAAACACACCUGAGAGACCCGAGAGGACACGGAUCAGCUCCACAUUCGACAGUGAACUCACUUCACUUCACUUGACGCUGCUUUUACUCCACAAGCGCUUGAAUAGAUCGAUUAUCGAUCAUCUGCGACUCGACAGUGAGUGAUUUUGUGCGAUCAGAAGGUCAAAGUGCGCCAAAGUGUGUUUCUGAAGAGCACAGAGAGACUUCAAGGAGACUUGAGAAACUGAUUAACUGAACUAACAGCAGAACGACACGAGAAACACCACGUGAUUGGCAUUAGAGAAACGAGAGCUGCUGAAGUGCAUUGUGGGAGUGUAAAGAGGUGGAAGAACUGAAGGAACCGCGUGACAAACUGAGCGACGUGAUGCCAGGAAUGAGUGCGCAGGACAGCAGCACGGGAAAAGAGAGGGAAGACGCAUCAGUGCGUGUCUCCAAACACAAUGCAGAUGCUCAGAAAAGAUCGUCCAAAGCGCGGAGCCUAGCGCUGGAGGACGAGGACUGGAUCUGGACGGCCAAUAAGAAGACGCCGCUGAUCACUGGAUCCAAUCUGACGCGAUCUGGAAGUGUUAAAGAUCUUAUAUACAGGUUCGACGGGCCGCCGACGCCACCGCCGCGCCUCGGCUCGCUCAAGAUCAAACGGCACGACACGAGCGCACAGGAUUCUGGGAAAAUGAGACAUGAAAGCAGGGAGAGAGGGAAGAACCAGAACCAGAACCCGGUCUCUGGUGAACCGUCCGAACCGGAAACACAAGAAAGCUCUGAGCAGAAACGCCACGCAGAAGAGCAGAAGAAGAGCGAUGAUAAAAAACAAUCGUCCCGGCGCAGCAAAGACAAAGCUGUUGUUGUCUCUGAUCCCGGUCUGCAUUCCACUCUUAACGGCGAGCAGCAGCGCAGCGGCCCUCAGUCCGAGGAUGAGCCCACCACCCCCAAAGUCCGGCCCAACCCCAGGUACCAGCUCUUCCUGGGCUCCAACGGCUCCAGCCGCUCCAAUGGGUCGGGGGACGGCGGCGGGAGCAACGGGAAUCUGAUGAGGGUCAGUUCAAUGAUGCGCGGAUCCAUGGAGUCGCUCUCAUCCCGGGACUGGGACAGCAUGUCGGACAGAAUGGGUGGCUUUGAAAGUCCUCCCCGAGUUUUCAACAGUCCGUAUUCAACGCUCUCACUGGACUACAAUCCCAUCAACAGAAUGUCUGACUUCAAGACACAGGAAGUGAUGUCACCCACCUUCUCUGAGAUGAACCUGUUUGGUCUGAACAGAAGUGUGAGUCCUGUUGGCAGUCCAGCUAUGAACCAGCGCACACGAGUCCACGGAUACGACAGUCUGCCCCGCAGACGAGACGCGACUCCAAGUCAACUCAUGCAACGAAACAACCAGCCGAACAAACUGGAUUUCAUCCAGGAGCUGACCAAACAGCUGGACGACUGUCGCAGGAGGAACCAGUUUCUGGAAGCGGAGAGCAUCGAGAUGGAGAAGGAGAGGAACCAGAUCCGCUUCGAGAUGCGAGGUCUGCUGGUGAACAACGAAGAUCUGCUGCGGACGAACACACAGAUGCAGGGCGAGACCAACCGUCUGCGAGAGAAGAUCGUGGAGCUAGAGAGCAACAACAACGUCAUGCAGGAGCGCUUCAGAAAGAUGGAGAUAGAGCUGAAGGAGGCGCGCGAGGUGAUGGUCGAGGCAAACACUCAGGAAUACGCCUUCAACUUCCUGCAGCAGACGCUCAAGAACAAAAUACAGGACACUGAGGAAGCUCUGGAGAAACAGACUCAACACAGUCAGACUGUGUCAGAGAAACUGUGGCUCGCCGAGAGAAACCUGGAGGAGCUGGAGCUGGAGAAGGAGACCAAGGCCAAGAAAGCUCUGGAACUCAGCAACACUGUGUCCAGACUGGAGACAGAGCUGGCAGAGGCUCUUCAGGAGGGGAACCAGGCUCGAGCGGAGCUGAGUUUGCAGCAGAAGCUGAGAGCUGAUGUUCAGCUGCGGAUGGAGGAGCUGGAGGAGAGCGUGCUGGAGAAGGACCAGGAGCUGCUGCGCCUCACACAGAUCGUCAGCAGACUGCAGGGAGAGGUGACGUAUAAGCUGAGUGAUAAGGAGCAGACGCUGGAGGAGGAGAUCCAGCUGCGAGAGCGUGUUCAGCUGCAGUGUAAACAGGCCGAGAGGACGGUGGAGGAUCUGCGCAUGGAGCUGCAGACGCUGGGACAGUCCCGAGACGAGCUCUCCAAACAGCUGAAGCUGGCUCAGGAGAAGAUCAUCGAUCUGGAGGCAGAUCUGGAGGAGCUGCAGGAGAACGAGCAGCGAUCGGCGGCCAAACACAAGAGAGCUCUGGAUCAGUCGGAGCAGCUGCAGAUGAAGCUCAUCCAGGAGAAAGAUCUCAACAAUCAGCUGGAGGGUGACAAGGCCAUCCUGGAGAGACAGCUGCGGGAUCUGCGCAGAGAGAUGGAGGAGCUGCAGAAUAACAGAGUGGAGGUGGACUCCAUCAACAGAGCCGAGAUCAAAGCCAGAGAACUGGAGAACACACUGAGAGCCGAGGAGAGGAGUAAAGUAGUGAUGAGCAACACCAUCAGCAAACUGGAGAAGAAGAUCCUGGAGCUGACGGAGCAGAUGGAGGAGGAGCACAAGAUCUCCAGCGAGCAGAGAGAGCUGAUGAAUCAGCGAAUCCGUUCACUGAAGCGGCAGCUGAACGAGGCAGAGGAGGAGGCAAGUCGACGGGACGUCCAGCACCGAAUGACACACAGAGAACUGAUGGAGGAGAGAGAGACUAACAGCCGUCUGCAGAGACAAGUACUGGACCACCAGCUGCAGAACAAGAGGAAAGAGUCCAGACACACUCUUGAAAGCCUGAAUCUGAACCUGAGUGAGGAUGAUGUUGGUAAAGAAGAGGAAGAGAAGCAACAGAGUGAGUCCCAACCCACAGAGAAGCAGAUCACUCAGGUGUGACUGGACCCCAGCCAAAUCCCCCUGUAAACCUGCUGUUUCCCCUCAACUAUCAAAGACUUCAAACCAAAACAUUCACACAAACCACUUGAGUCCAGGUCUCAUGAGAGAGACCGGAUCCAGAGAAGCUCUGCGUGAACAGGAAGUGGAAAACACUGUGGGAAAGCUCUUUCCUGUGGACUGACACUCUUAGGGUUUUAUUGAGAAGCUCUUUCAGGAGACUCUGCCAAACCUGGUUACAGUAAGCUUCCGCGUGCAUUAGUUCUCUAUCAAGCUCUCCUUUCUGUUUCUGUUGUUAUUUUCAGUUCAAUCAGCCGUUUACAUUAUGCAUAUAUUAAUAUAAUGGAGAUUAUGAAGUGAUGAAGUGUUUGAGAUUGAUUUGCAUGCGUUCAGCGAUCAGGACAGCUGAUGUAUGGACCUGUGCUGAUUGUAUUCUGCUGAAGGUUUUUAGGGAAUCCUGUUUAUUAAGUGUUGAUGAUGCUGUGUGUCUCUGAAAUACAGCAGCAGUUUCUGCUCCAGGGUGUUCAUGUGUACUACCGCAUGGUAAUAAAAUAUUAUAAACCAA